GGGUGGGGGUUUCUGAUGUUAUCAAGGGUCUGUGUGUUUGAGGCGGUCAGAUGGAGCUGGUGGUCACAGUGAGCAGCUUCUCGGUAAACUGAUCCUGGAGCAGCCUGACUUGUGAGCAGUGUACAAUGAGAGUCAGUCAGUCAGUGAGUGCGGCUGCAGCGACAUCUGAACCGCUUUCAGAUCAGAUCAGUGGCGGAUUAUUGAAGUCAGAUUUUUAAUACAGUCCACUGGAUGUGUAUUUGAGCUGAUCCUAUAGUUCCAGAAGAAGCUCCUUGCUGUCCUCAAGCAGUCUGAAUGGAGAGGCAGGCGCUGCAGCGGGCCAAGGAGGCCUUCCUGAGCGGCAGGACCCGGCCUGUGGAGUUCAGACUGCAGCAGCUCCAUGCCCUGCAGAGGAUGAUCACUGAGAAAGAGACUGAGAUCUCCACUGCUCUCAAACAGGACAUCAACAGGAGCCAGUACGACACACCGCUCCUGGAGCUGAUUGGCAUUGAGAAUGAGAUCAAGCUGGCUAUAGAGAAGCUGGCAGAGUGGGCGGCUCCACGGCCAGUGGAGAAGAACCUCCUCACCAUAUCAGAUGAGGUUUAUAUCCAGCCAGAGCCCCUGGGAGUGGUGCUCAUCAUAGGGGCCUGGAACUACCCCUGGGCCGUCACCCUCCAGCCCCUGGUUGGAGCUAUCGCUGCCGGCAACGCAGCUGUGGUGAAGCCGUCCGAGCUCAGCGAGUACUCAUCCCUCCUCCUCCGGGCUCUGCUGCCUCGCUAUCUGGACAAGGAGCUGUACCCAGUAGUGACAGGUGGAGUGUCAGAGACCCAGGAGCUUCUGAAGCUCAGAUUUGAUCAUGUCUUCUACACGGGUGGCAGCACAGUGGGCAAACUGGUGAUGGAAGCUGCAGCUCGCCAUCUCACCCCAGUGACCCUGGAGCUGGGCGGGAAGAGCCCCUGCUACAUCGACAAAGACUGUGACGUCAGAAUCGCCUGCCGUCGUAUCACGUGGGGAAAGUUCGUCAACUGCGGCCAGACGUGCAUCGCCCCAGACUACAUCCUGUGCGAGCCCUGCAUCCAGGGCCGAGUGGUGGAAUGCAUCCGACAAACUCUACUGGAAUUUUAUGGCGCCGAUCCCAAAUGCUCACCAGACUACAGCCGAAUCAUCAACCAGCGUCAUUUCAACAGAGUCAUGGGUCUGAUGGAGGGGUACACUCCUGUGGUGGGUGGACAGAGUGACGCCUCGCAGCGCUAUAUUGCCCCAACAGUGCUGAAGGACGUGCCCCCUCACUCCAGGAUGAUGCAGGAGGAGAUCUUCGGCCCCCUGCUGCCCAUCGUGACCGUUAGUGACAUGGACGAUGCCAUCCGCUUCAUCAACGAGAGAGAGAAACCUCUGGCCCUCUACAUCUUCUGCUCUGAUAAAAAGGCAGUAAAAAGGAUGAUUGAGGAGACCUCGAGUGGAGGAGUGACGGUCAAUGACGUUAUGAUGCACUACACACUCAGUUCGCUCCCGUUUGGUGGUGUUGGUCAGAGUGGUAUGGGCCGCUACCACGGGAAACACACUUUUGACCAGCUGAGCCACCAGAGGGCGUGUCUGGUCCGCUCUCUGGGCAUGGAGCGUGUCAACCUUGCCCGAUACCCUCCACAGGACCGCCGCCGGGCUCGCAGGGCACGUAUGGCUCUCAAGUCACCCCUCAUCGACACGUCCAAGAGGACGUUCAUCUGGGCCGUCGCUGCCACUGUCAUUGGCUUCGGGCUGUUUGUCACCCUGCUGGUCAUCCUGCUCAUAGCUUCAGGCCUCAACUGCACCUGCUGGUACUGGAGAGGCUUUUAUAAUUAGAGACACUGCAGCUUCCCUUUGUACAUCCUAUCUAAAGAAGUGUCUGCUGUUAAGAACACACCUGAGCACACUUUGACUGUUUUAUAUUCAGAUAUUUUACAGAAAAUAUGAUAACCAUUUGAUCUAACUUGUAUUUGCUGUGUGUCUAUUUUGUAUCAGAUGCCCCUCAGCGACGAGACAAACAAGGUUAAACACUGACCAAACACACACCGGAUUGCUGUCCUGCAUAUUAUUGAAGGUUAACAUUCACUAUCUGAGGAAAUAUCAGUGUAAAUACAAAUCUGAUGAUGAACUGAAAACCCAGUGUUCAACAGAUACAACAUGUGUGUAUUUUGCUAGAGUUGUUCCAGAAUAAAAGAUUUGAUAUAUUA